AUGUUCUUCAAGUACUACGCCACCCUAGCCACAGCUGCCACUGGUGUCUUUGCAGCUCCUGUUCAGGACUACAGCAACAGUCCUUCUGCUACGCGAUUCACCCUUCGUCUUCACCCUGGCGCCGGGGCCAUGGGAAUGAAGCCUCUCCAGCUCAGAGACAACAAGGUGGUCUUUGGUCUUGAGAAGGGCAACUCCUCCGUCUCCCCACUUGAGGUGGACGUUAAGGACAAGCAGCUGGCUGUUGUGUCCAACGGACCCUCUGGUGGCGAGAUUACUGUUGCUGCAAACGGCCAGCUGGUUGUCUCGCAGCCCUCCAGUACCUCCUCCAACUCCACCGCUGGCUGGCUCAUCCAGGGAGGAGGCUCGUUUGUCAGCGAGGUCUACUACAAGGGCUCUCAGGAGUUUUACUCGUGCACCUCCGAAGACGGAGCUGUAGUCGGAGGCCAGGAGGUGUACCUUCUGGGCAGCGCUAACUACACCUGCGAGGAGCCAUUCAAGUUCACUCUGGGAGCCACUGGCGUCCAACAACAGAAGUAA